UUUGUUUUGGGCUGAGUGAGAUUUAUUGCCCCUGUAAUUAUCAGUUAUAGUAUAACUUUUUAUUGCCCUCCGGCCCCACUGAGGGCUGUUUUUUUUCCUGCUGUGGCUCCUCUAUUGCAGCCGGAGGGCCCCACUCACCGCUACACUGCUUGUUCCGACUCCGCACAGGAUACACAGGCACUGAGCAGUGGAAGAGUCUAUGAAGAACAGAAGGGGGGGGCACUCACACGGCACACAGAGGGGGGGCCCUGUACCCCCAUAUAACACAGCUUUGUGAUGCCAGCAGGCCUGUGCUUGGGGACGCAGAGAUGUCCCUCAUUUGCCUGGCAGACUUCGAGGCCUACGCCAAGGAACACCUGCCCAAAGCCACGUGGGAGUAUUACGCGGCCGGAGCGGACGAAUGCUGCACCAGGGACGAUAACCUGCAGGCGUUCAGGAGGAUCCGCCUGAGGCCCCGGAUGCUUCGUGAUGUCUCUGUAAUGGACACUAAGACCACGGUGUUGGGGGAAGAGAUCAGCUGCCCCAUUGGCAUUGCCCCCACAGCAUUCCACUGCCUGGCCUGGCCCGAUGGCGAGAUGAGCACGGCUAGAGCGGCCGAGGCUCUCAAGCUCCUGUACGUGGCCAGCACCUACGCCACCUGCUCCGUGGAGGAAAUUUCCGAGGCUGCGCCGGAAGGUCUGCGCUGGUUCCAGCUCUACGUGUACCGGGACCGCAAGCUGUCGGAGCAGCUGAUUCGCCGAGUGGAGGCCCUGGGCUUCAAGGCUUUGGUGCUCACCGUGGAUGUGCCCUACACGGGCAAGCGCAGGACCGACAUCCGCAACAACUUCCGCCUUCCGCCGCACCUCAAGGUCAAGAACUUCGAGGGGGUGUUCGAGGGACAUGGUGGCCCCGAUAACUAUGGGGUCCCCCUCAAUACCCUGGACCCAUCAGUGAGCUGGAAGGACAUUUGCUGGCUGCGGAGCGUCACCAGUCUGCCAAUUGUCAUCAAGGGAAUCCUGACCAAGGAGGACGCGGAGCUGGCGGUGGUGUACGGUGUCCAGGGGAUCAUUGUGUCCAACCACGGGGGGCGCCAGCUGGAUGGGGAACUCGCCACGAUUGAUGCCCUGGCGGAGAUCGUGGAAGUGGUACAAGGCCGGAUAGAAGUCUAUUUAGAUGGAGGGAUCCGGACAGGAAGCGACGUGCUGAAAGCGAUCGCCCUGGGGGCAAAGUGCGUGUUCUUGGGGCGCCCCAUCGUCUGGGGUCUCACCUACAAGGGCGAAGAAGGGGUGAAGGGCAUCCUGCAGAUACUCACAGAUGAAUUCCGGCUCUCCAUGGCCCUUUCAGGCUGCCGGAACGUCUCCGAGGUCAACCGAAACCUCAUCCAUGUGGCCAAACUCUAGGGCGGAGCUGUGGCACCAUCGCUGUAUGGGGGGGUCAGAGGGGCCAACUUUGCCCCCCCCCCCCAAUCAAUCCUGUGCUGCUCUGCUGAAAUUAAACUUUAUUUAUAUUCCAAA